AUAGCAGAAAGUUUACAGAGAAACGAAGUGCCUAGAAUGGACAAAGCUCCAUUGAAGGAAGUUCCGGAGCGGAUAGUUGACAAAGAACGCGGCAUCACUUAUAUAAGAGGGAAAUUUCUUGGCAAAGGUGGCUUCGCUAGAUGUUAUGAGCUCACCAAUGCAGCAACAAACGAGGUGUUCGCAGGCAAGAUUGUUUCGAAGACGUUGCUCAUGAAGCCGUAUCAGCGAGAAAAGAUGACACAAGAAGUACAUAUUCAUCGUAACUUGAGCCAUCCGCAUGUGGUGCAAUUAUACAAUUUCUUCGAAGAUCAUGAUAAUGUUUACAUAACUUUGGAAUUAUGUGCCCGUAGAUCGCUUAUGGAACUGCACAAGAGACGAAGAUCAGUCACAGAACCAGAAGCACGAUAUUUCACACACCAGGUAUCAGUUGACUACCUCCAUGACAAAAAAGUAAUUCACCGGGAUUUGAAAUUGGGAAAUCUGUUUUUGAAUGGCGAUCUUCAGGUAAAAAUAGGUGAUUUUGGACUUGCAACUACGGUAGAUAUGGAAGGAGAACGUAAGAAGACGUUGUGCGGUACACCAAAUUACAUAGCUCCCGAAGUACUCGAUAAAAAAGGACAUUCCUUCGAAGUUGACAUAUGGGCGAUUGGUUGUAUUCUGUACACGUUGCUUUUUGGACGCCCUCCUUUUGAAACAAAGUCGUUAAAGGAGACCUACAGCCGUAUAAAAAUGAAUCAGUAUCGAGUUCCAUCAUCCGCUGGGCAAACUGUCAGUCAUCUGAUUCAAAAUCUUUUAGCUGCUGACCCUGCGAAGCGGCCUACUGUUAAGCAGGUGCUAGCGCAUGACUUUUUCCGUUCUGGUUAUAUGCCAACCCGACUUCCAAUUUCCUGCCUAACUAUGGCACCGAAGUUCAACCGUCAUAGCGAGACCUAUAAUGAAAACUCCAUAUUGACUACUAACACAUUGUUAAGGUCGGCCUUCCCGCUACUACCGACAAACGUGGAGUCCCCGCGGGCGUUGCCGGAUGAUGGUUACCUAUCGGAGCUGUACGAACAGAUAUCUUCACUGUGUAAUGCGCGAGUUGCUGAUGUAAUGGAAGAUGAAGCACCUGAAGCCAUGCCCAUAUUCUGGAUCAGCAAAUGGGUUGAUUACUCCGAUAAAUACGGAAUCGGAUAUCAGCUUUGUGAUAACUCGGUUGGAGUGCUGUUCAACGAUAGUUCGAAGCUGGUUCAUUGUUUUUCUGCGCAUUAUCGUCAUACUAAUUUGCGUUCUGCAUUUAAGGAUGGUGAUGACCUGGCCCGCCUUCCGGUUCUUCGAUACUGGUUCCGUACACGAUCUGCGAUUGUGCUGCAUUUGUCUAAUGGCACUCUACAAAUUAAUUUCUUCGAAGACCACACGAAGACAAUUGUUUGCCCUCUGAUGGGAGCGAUUACCUACAUCGAUGAGCAUAGGAAUUUCCGUGUCUACAAACUAUCGCACCUGGAAAGCCAUGGAUGCACAAAGGCACUCAUGGGUCGUUUGCGAUAUGUGAAAACGAUGAUUGAGCGGAUGAUGUCCAAUAGCAACGGUCGUCCCGGCUCCUUAAGCACUGUGCGGGUUAGAAUCUAA